GCCGAUCUGAGACAGGUGCUUGAGAGGAAGCAGCGGGAAGUAAUUGCACGUCUGCUCAGCAGGCGCCAGGGGUGGGAAAGCGCGAAGAGGGGGGCGACGGGACCGGCACACGGAGGAAAGGAGGGGAAAAACGAGGGACGUCACGAUGAGUCAUCUUGGUGCCUCGGGUAGCAAAAUGUCGGUCCAAGGAACCAACGACGAUGCCACGCUCAGUAAAAUGUCGUGUAUAAAAAAGGGGUACAUUACGAAUGACAAUUUUGUGCAGUAUUUUGUCCGCCGGCCCACCAAGCGUUCACCUAUCAUCAAUAGGGGCUAUUACGCAAGAUGGGCUGCAAUUCGAGGCCUCAUUCUGCAAUUUUUAUCUGCAGGAAAAGAAGGGGCCAAUGAAGAAACUCCAAAAAAGCAGAUCUUAUCACUGGGAGCUGGAUUCGAUACAGUCUUCUUUCAGUUAAAGGAGGAUGGAAAGCAACCUCAUCGAUUCUAUGAGAUAGACUUCCUAGAGGUCACUUCCAGAAAAGCUGGAAUAAUCGGUGCCACGGAUGCUCUCAGGAGUAAGCUUGGCGGAAAUGCGGUCAUCUCUAAAGAACAGGGAGAGGUUACCAGUAACGAUUACUGCCUGCUGCCGGCUGAUCUAAGAGACCUCACAGCUUUGAACAAGGUCCUCGAUAACGCAGGGUUUGACCCAAGCUUGCCCACUCUGGUUCUUGCGGAAUGUGUUUUGAUCUAUCUGGAUCCACAAGCUAGUCGGAGUCUCAUAAAGUGGGGCGCUCAGAAACUCUCAACUGCAGUCUUCAUUAUUUACGAGCAGAUGCGAGGAUGCCCUUUACUUGGAAUUGAUGAUACCCCAACUUUAAGAGCCAAGGAGGAGCGCUUCACAGAAGCAUGUUGGCAGCGCGCAGUUGCACUGAACAUGGACAAUAUCUAUAGCUGUCAUUUGGAUCGAGAUGAUAUUCGCAGGAUCGAGCGGCUUGAGAUAUUUGACGAGUUUGAAGAGUGGCACAUAAUGCAGGAGCAUUACUGCAUUGCUUAUGGAAUCAAAGAUCAAUUGGGAAUUCUGGAAAAGUUCGGCUUCUCUCAAUGACAGGUCGACGAGAUCAUCUCAACGACUCUCAAAAAGGAUCGGGCAGAUAAACCUGGUGGUUGGCAGGUCAGGUUUGCGAUCUGCUCUCAUUCAGUCGUAUGUUUCCCCUCAGGGGAUUCUGAGGAUGUUUGUGACGCUGGCCUAUCUUCCGUCUCCGAGCAAGCCCAUCUUUUCAAUGGCAGGACGUUAUACGACCUUUGGUCCAAAACCAUCAGAGAGAACUGCAAUGCAUUGUGUGAGUUGCGGCACGGUGAGAGCGAAGGCAUGAGUCGAUUGAUGGCUGCAGCUGACGUCCACUGGAUGACAAGUAUCUUGGACACGGCCACACGAGAAAAAAUGGUUGGUGAUUGUCGCGCAAUGCCUUGGUUUGGCAUUGUUGAACACUACUUACGGCUGACGAUGCACUGCUGUUAUUCCUUGCCAGUGUCUUAUGGAGCUGGUCUGCUAAGGACCCAUCUUAACACCAAGUCAGGUAAUGAGCAGAAGCAGUGAGAUUCUCUUGGGCCAUGCUCGCACUCGGGACUUUUUGAAAUGUUUCCUGAUCGCGAUCGGAGCCCGAUCUACCAUGUUCACCCCGAUCGAACGCCCAGUCAUUAUAGCUGUAUUUGGUGCAACAUGUUCACCCCGAUCGAACGCCCAGUCAUUAUAGCUGUAUUUGGUGCAAGUUUCGGUCCAGGUGCGGUGAUAAUGACAGGGCGUUCUAUUCGGGUGAAGACAUUAGCCAAUACAAUCCAUGUGUGAGUCUGCCUUUAUACGGUCUGACUGUGCUGAAGCGUUUGAGAGCUUCACGGAUUGCUACAAUUCACUCCGACAGCAGUUCCUGCCGCUGGAUGCUAGAGCGUCGAAGUUGUGAAUGAGAAGGCGAGCGAUUGGAAGGAACAGAGGAGGAUUUUGCACAUCAGAGGGCAGCACGGACUCAAAAUGAUGGCAUUUGGAAUACUACGGAGGGGAAUGCUUCCUCCUUGUUUCGGGUUUCAUCACUGACCAGGUGCAUUGCCGCGGAGAAACAACUCCCAGAUCCCCGACUCCCUUGCAAGGAUGUAGAGGCAAGGUGAGGGCUUCACUUGCAGCCUCUGCGGCUCCUUCCGCUUCAAGUGAGUCAUCACUGUAAGUGUAAACUCUGGCGAGCCUGCUGUAGUAAAAAGGGUGGAUGAAAAACUACCUGGACUAAGAUUGGCAUUGAAGACUACGAUGCGUCAUCUUGAAAUGACGAUGACCAAAUGGAUAGAGCAUGGCCAGUGUCAGCAAUGCGCAUCAUGACGAGAGUCGUUGGAUGCCGUGCACUGGCCACCCACCUGCACCAGCUGGGAUCGUACUGGUCCCCGAUCAGUUUCCUUGCAACAGGCCUAUUUUCACGUGCUCUGAGCUGAUCGCUUUGGUGUCUUGGAAGUGCGCUGCAGCGUCCUCGUUUCCAUUGCGACAGACCCCCAAGAAGGGAAUUGGCUGACCAGCACCUUGCCUCGUGGUGGUGGUUCAAUGCUGCUUCCAUGACUUGAUUCAUUUGUUGUCCCGUGGAGGAUGGUUUCAAUGCUGCUUCACACAUAUGAAUCGGCGGCCACCGUCGUAAGAAGUAAAGCAGGUGAGUGGCUGGGAGUUUCUACCACUGAGGUUUGUUUUUGAAGCUAUGGUUUUAUCUGGUUUUGCUGCAAGAAUGAUUUUACGCGUGAUGCACUGUUCCCCAGUUUUCUUUUUGUGGAAAGGGGAGAGUGAAGCCGUACCAAGGUAAAGAGUGCAAUUACCUUGUUAUAAAAAUAUUCUUGCUCUUUUGGAUGGCAUGCGUAAGUGGCACGUUUUACAUUAUCAGUGUCUCUUUGCAAGCUUCGCAUUUGACGGGCCAACCCCAGCCUUGAAGAGGGAGAUUCUACUCAGAUUGGUGAGUACAGGAGGUAAUUGUCUAAGGUUAUGAGAUGUGUCCUCUUCAGUGUUUUCCCUCUUUUGUUGUUGAAAUGAAAGAGGAAUGGAAAG